AUGGAGGCGACUGCCCUGAGUGUUGGCAAGUCCGUGCUGAGUGGAGCGCUUAGCUAUGCCAAAUCUGCUCUGGCGGAGGAGGUCGCUUUGCAGCUCGGCGUCCGGCGUGACCAGGUCUUCAUCACCAACGAGCUCGAGAUAAUGCAGGCUUUCCUUAUGGCCGCGCAUGAUGAACGAGACGACAACAUGGUGGUCAAGGUAUGGGUGAAGCAAGUUCGCGAUGUGGCAUACGACGUCGAAGACACCCUCCAAGAAUUUGCCGUCCGUUUGGAGAAGAAGUCAUGGUGGCAUUUCGGUCGCACACUGCAAGAUCGACACCAUGUGGCCAAGCAGAUGAAGGAGCUUAGAGCCAAUGUUGAGGAAGUCAGCCAUAGGAACAUGCGCUAUCAACUCAUCAAAGGCUCUAGCUCCAAGCCUGCUAACAUCAGUAGGCAAUCUGUUACCGGAACAACCAUGUCUGGCAUCGAGGAAGCAAGGCGACAGGAGGACAGAGCAAAGUUUGAUCUCAUUCAAAUUGUCAGCAAGAAGGAGGAGGCCGACCUUAGAGUGAUCGCAGUGUGGGGGAAGAGUAUGGCUGAACUUGGAGAGUUGUCCAUCCUCAAAAGGGUCUAUGAAGAUCCAAAGAUACGCAAGAUGUUCGAGUGCCGAGCCUGGAUCACUCCGUCGCUGCAUCCUAUAAAUUUAUCUGAGUUCCUGAAAACUGUAGUUGGACAAUUCUACAUCAAUUUUCUCCAAGAGGCGAAGGAAGAAGAAAAGGCAACUCUUGGAGCUGAAGUUCCCAAGAUUAUGGGAAUGACAAAGAAAGAUGAUUUAGCUCAGGAGUUCAAAAAAUUUCUGAAGGAAAGGAGUUACUUGGUUGUGCUAAAUGGCAUAAUUGCCAUUGAAGACUGGGAUCUCAUCAAAACUUGCUUCCCAGACAACAAGAAGGGAAGUCGAAUCAUAGUGUCCACAGAGCAAGUUGGAGUUGCUAGCUUAUGCGUAGGAGCAGAGAAUGGAGCACCGGAGCAUAAGCAAUUAUUUGCUGAUCAGACGCUUCAUGUUUUCUGCAGAAAGGGUUCUCAACAUGGAAUGAAUUCGGCGGUGGCUACGUCUGGCACAAACAUAGUCACCACUGGUGUUAACAACUAUCCGAAGAAGAACAUCCUCACUCGUCUUGAUACGUUGGUGAUGGCUACUUUGGAGGAAUCUCGGCUUAUCGGUAGAGGGAGUGAAAAAAAUGAAAUCAUCAAAUUAGUUUCAGAUAAAGAUGUGCACCAAUUUCGUGUGGUCUCUUUGUGGGGCAUGGGUGGUAUUGGAAAAACCACACUAGUCAGAGAUAUCUACCAAAGUGAAGAGAUAAGUGGCACAUUUGAGGGGCGUGCUUGUGUCACUGUCAUGCGUCCUUUCAAUUGUGACGAACUCCUCAAGAAUUUAACUACGCAGUUCCGACAUAAGGAUCCAAUAACGGAUAUAACCGUAUAUUUAAGAGAAAAGAGAUAUUUGCUUGUUCUUGAUGAUGUAUCGUCCACGUCAGAGUGGGAUGCUAUAAUAAAAUAUUUGCCCAAAGCAAAAACAAGCUGCAUCAUAGUCACCACAAGGGAAGAGAAUAUUGCCAAGCACUGUUCUGAUGAUGAAAGAAGCAUGUACAAGCUCAAAAAUAUGAAUCAUGAAGAUGCACUUAUCCUCUUCACAAAAAAGGUGUUUAAGGAGACCUUAGAUUUGGAGAAGCAAUAUCCUGAGCUGGUUGAACAAGCAGAGAUGAUCCUGAGGAAGUGCAAUGGGCUCCCCCUUGCAAUAGUCACUAUAGGUGGUUUCUUGGCAAACCAACCAAAAAGCGCAUUGGAAUGGAGGAAACUGAAUGAGAAUAUUAGUGCUGAGUUGGAGUUGAAUCCAGAGCUUGAGACCAUAAGAAGCAUCCUUAUGAGAAGCUAUGAUGGUUUACCCUAUCACCUCAAGUCCUGUUUCCUGUAUAUGCCCAUCUUUCCUGAAGACCAAAGUGUUGGGCGGGGACGCUUGGUGCGUAGGUGGGCCGCGGAGGGUUAUUCUAGAGAGGUUCGAGGCAAGUCUAUGGAGGAAAUAGCAGAUGGUUACUUCAUGGAACUUCUUAGCAGGAGUAUGCUCCUACCAUCUCAAGAAUCAAUCCAUAGUACAAAAGGUAUUGAGUCCUGCCAAGUUCAUGAUCUCAUGCGUGACAUCGGCAUCUCAAAGUCGAUGGAAGAAAAUCUUGUUUUUACAGUGGAGAAAGGUUGUAGCUCAAAUAGCCAAGCCACGAUGCGCCACCUUGCUAUAAGCAAUAACUGGGAGGGGGAUCAGUAUGAGUUCGAGAGCAUGGUUGAUCUGUCUCGUGUUCGAUCAAUAACAUGUUUUGGAGAGUGGAAGCCAUUUUUCAUUUCUGAGACGGUUACGCUGCUGCGGGUGCUGGAUCUAGAAAACACAACAGGUCUUACUGAUGAUCACCUGAAGCACAUUUGGAAGCUUCUUCAUCUAAGAUAUCUUUCUCUAAGAGGAUGCCAUCACAUUUGUCACCUUCCAGAUUCAUUGGGUAACUUGAGAGAACUCCAAACGCUAGAUGUCAGAGGUACGAGAAUAAACAAGCUGCCAAAGAGUAUCAUAAAUCUUCAGAAGCUGAACAAUCUUUGUGCUGGUAUGAAAAUGAUGGAUGAGGACAUCUCAUAUGAAGAAUCUAAAGGGGAAGGGGCAAUGAGCUACAGAUUAUGCAUUGUGCCUGCUGCUGGGAUGCGCCCGGACAAGUAUGGUGUUCUAGUGCCAAAAGGGAUGAGUAAACUCAAAGGACUGCGCACAUUGGGUAUUGUGAACAUCGCACGAGAGGGGAAGGACAUUCUGCAUGACAUGAAAAGACUCACUUGGUUGCACAAGUUGGGAGUGACCGGCGUAAAUAAGGAAAAUGGACAAGAGCUCUAUUCAGCAAUUGUUGGUAUGAGACGCCUCGAGUCAUUGUCAAUUCGGUCCGAAGGGGAGCCAGGUUUAUCUGGCUGCUUGGAUGGAGACUACUCAUCAGCGGCGAGCCUGCUGAGGCUCAAGCUGUACGGAAACCUGGUCAAACUGCCGAAAUGGAUCCAGGAGCUGAACAAUGUGGUGAAGCUGAAGCUGCGGAGCUCUCGGAUAUCAACGCACGACGACGCGAUGCAAGUCCUUGGGAAUCUACCAAACCUGGCAUCCCUGCAUCUGUUGGAGAAGUCAUUCCAGCUGGGUAAUUUUUGUCUCAGUUUCCAUUCAGGGACGUUCCCGAGCCUGGUGGUGCUAGAAGUUGGGCUCCGGAUCGACUUCAUGGGUGACGUGCGAUCAUUGAAGUUUAAGCAAGGAACGGCCCCUAAGCUUGAGCUGCUCAAGUUUUGUACUUCGAUCAACGACAGCGAGUCGAUUCUGGGGCUACCUUCUCUCGCAAGCCUCAAGGAUGUUGUGCUGGAAAAUUUCUGCGAUGGCUUCGAACUGGCGUACAUGAGGACCGAGCUUGCCAGGAAUCCAAACCGACCCGUCCUCAAGAUGCUCUGAUCGACCAAGCUCCACCCACCAAUCCAAGGCAACUGGGCAAAGCUAGGAGUACACACAUAUAUUGUCGCAUUUCCACUUGAGUGCAAUAUCAAUAGAUCAUUGUACUACUAUUUUCAUUUGUGUUGUUCACUUGU